CCCAGGCUGCCCAGGGCCCCAUCCAACCUGGCCUUGAACACCUGCAGGGAUGGACGGGGCAACCGAGACCUGAAGGCCAUAACAGUGCAGAACUAAAGCUGUAUCAGUGCAUGCUGCUGUGACAGAGACAGAUUUUAAUUUCUUUUUUGACUUCUAGCAGAAGGCAAAGGGAGGAUAAGAUGGAAUCUGUGCUGCAAGUUCAGAGAAGGAAGAAAAUUAGAAUCACAGAGGCAUUAAGGUUGGGAAAGACCUCCAAGAUCAUCCAGUCCAACCAUCCCCCCACAUGGGCAUGCAAUAAACAGCUCUUAGCAAACACCUUCAUAUAUGAACAUUGAGAGAAAGCCAAGCAAUGGACCCAACAAUAUUUCCAUCAGUUGGGAAACUGCUCUUGAAGUAAUGUUGAUCUUGGCUGAUGGCAUGUUGCACCCACUGAGGGCAGGUGCAGUCAUACAAGGGGCUUCUGGUUGCCUGCUGCCUUGGGCCCGAUGCCUUUUUGUUUGAUUUAAGCUAUGUUGGCAGGAAAAUGAAGCAGGCAUAAAGCAUUGCUGCUGGAGGGAAGAGGUGGGAGCUGUGCUUACAGAGUGGGGAUGGAGGAAGGAGAGAGCUGUGUUGUGAUGGAAGGGAUUAAAAGGUCAGUGGUGCGUCAGCAACACUGGAGUUGGUGAUAUAGUGAUAGAUGUGGUGAUAUAAAACAAGCAACAAAUUGACAAAUGCACCUCUUUCGGAUUUAUGAGUAAGAAAACAGAAAGAAAACAAGUCUGCAUUUGGUGCUUGUGACUUUCCUGCAGGAAGGUUGGGUACGAUUUCCAUUUGAACAUCUUGAAAUAGCUCCUGGCUGAGUUGGAGAGGAGCAGAAGCAGCAUAAAAAUAAUCUGAGGAUCCGAGAAAACACAGCAAGGGAAGCUGGUUGGUUUGCAGAGAGCACCGGGCUGCAGUAACAACACAGAGAAAAAGCACCCAGCACUGACUGUGUCCUCUCAUCUACCUGAGGAAAGCACACCUCACAUCACUGCCCUGCAGGGAAAUCAGGCAGCUCAGUGUUUACCUCUGGCUGGUUGUGCCCUUGGAAAAUAACAUAGAGGAACUUGUGGUGAUGAAGUCUGAAUUGCAGGAGUGGAAGUGAUGCAACGGGGAUACUGGAAAGCACGUGAGCAGUGAGACAAAGGCUCUGUGUGAACCUGCAGAAAGUGGUUGGGUGUCUCCAGACCUGUUCUGGUCAUUGAUCCCAAGCCCUUCUCAAAGCACUUGUCAGAGAAUGUAACAGUGCAUCGAUGAGCUUUGUCUGUAUGUUAAACCUCCCUGUUCUUGCUGAUUGGAGUGAUGUUUGAAGUGAUCUAAGAAUACUUCAGCUGUAUUGUCAAGGGAGUCAGCCCUAAAUAAAUCAUAGGGAAGAUGAGAUCCUUGCAAGCGUUUGGAUAACGUGAGCGAGCUGAAUGGGUUUUGACCUGUUUUCUCAACACUGGGAUGAGAUGGAUGAAAGAAAAAUCAUCUGGCUCAGGGACUUCUUUGUACCAAAACCUUCUAAAAGAGGAAACCUUCCCUUCCAGCUAAGGGAAGACAGCAGGAAGGUGUGGGGAAGAGCUUUUGUAACGAAAGAAAUUGGAGCAGCAGGCUCUGUCUUCUGUACCUGUGCUUACCCAUAGGGAUCUGCCAUAGGAGACUUAGGGUUGGCUCAUAGAAGCCAGAUAGUUCCUGUUUUGUUCUUUUUAAUCCAAAAAAGUGGUCGGUCAAGCAUUACAUACAACUUCCAGUGCUGUAAAGAUGUGAGUUCCUAGAAAGCUGGGGAAAAAGAGAACUGAAAGAGAGGGAUGGUGGUCAUCACCAUAGAUCAUGUGUGAAGCCUUGGAGUGAGGCAAGUGGAAAUCAUUCUGUUCCCACCUCUAGUGAAUAAUAUUUCCUGCAAUUCCUGCCCAUCUUUGCUCCUCAGGAGGGGAUUUAGAACUUCGUGUCCAUGCUUCAUUCUCAGACAGAGGAAGAAGUUUAUGAUUUCCCAGCAUUUCACUGUUGCAGUGACAAGUAGAUUUGGUGGUCAGUUGGCGAUGGAGCUUGCAGAGAGAAGAGAAAAUCCUUGCAUCUUCGUAGCACGUUGGACAUUCAGUACAUCUCAACAGGUCUCAACAUUUAAAUUGCAGAUUUGGCCUCGAGUGUCCAGAAAAUGAGAAUUACAUCAUUAGUUAAUCAACUAGAAAGAAUUGGAAAGGUUCUUAAAGCAGGCUGCGAGUGGAGAGCUGAGCAGCAAGGCAGCAGUAGGACUGCAGUGGAGAGCACAAGGCUGCUCAGCCCAAAUAAAAGCUCCAUGCCUUGUUAGAAGGUCUCAGUGCCUGACACAGCUGGAGAGGAGUGAGUCCAUCUUUCCAACACCCCCAAAUCCACACCUCCAGGAACCUGUAGAGCUGUGGAAUGCUGUGACCAGUCCCACUGCCCCGCAGCCAAAGGCAGAUCACCAUCUGGAUCAUCUCCAUCUUCACUUCUCCACUUCAUCUCCAUUUCUCCAAGGAAGUUUGUUCACAAGAGAGUUCCUGAUCUUCCACCAUGAACCCUGUUUACAGCCCCGUUCAGCCUGGGGCUCCCUAUGGAAACCCGAAGAACAUGGCGUACACAGGUUACCCAGCAGGAUAUCCCACCGCUGCCCCAGCCUACAACCCAAACAUGUAUCCAACCAGCAGCCCCGGCUACGCCCCAGCUACACUUCUGAUGAAGCAAGCCUGGCCACAGACCUCCUCCUCCUGUGCCACAGAGGGCACCUUCCACCUCCCAGUGGACACUGGGACCGAGAACAGAACCUACCAGGCUUCUUCUGCAGCAUUCAGGUACACUGCGGGGACUCCCUACAAGGUCCCACCGACCCAGAGCAACAACGCGCCUCCUCCCUACUCUCCGUCUCCGAAUCCGUACCAAACUGCUAUGUACCCCAUCAGAAGUGCCUACCCACAGCAGAACCUGUACACCCAGGGAGCUUAUUAUACCCAGCCAGUGUACGCGGCACAGCCUCACGUUAUCCAUCACACCACUGUGGUUCAGCCCAACAGCAUCCCGUCGGCCAUCUACCCGGCCCCCGUCGCUGCGCCCCGGACCAACGGCGUGGCCAUGGGGAUGGUCGCUGGCACCACCAUGGCCAUGUCAGCAGGAACCUUGUUGACCACCCCACAACACACUGCCAUCGGAGCACAUCCAGUUUCUGUGCCAACGUACCGGGCUCAAGGAACCCCCACCUACAGCUACGUACCGCCGCACUGGUAAACCCACUGGCCAAGUCAUAUCCGAAGUCAAACAUUGUAUGCAACUACACAAGUCUUACAUCGGGGCUGCAGCCGCUGGACUGCAGCACCUCGUCUGUUUGCAAGAACAAAAGAAAAAAGUGCAAGGGUCACUUUAUGCAUUCUUUAGUGGUUUUUGUAAAAGCUGCUUUUUCUAAUCUUCUGCCUCUUUAUUUUCCUUCCCUCCUCCCUCUCCCCUACCCACAUCAGUCGUGUAACACAUACUGACACUGAGCAAUAGUAAAGUUCUCUCUUCGGUCCUAUCGUUUUACAGCUCAGAAUAUUCACUUUUCAGCAUUGCCCAGUCGAGUGGUGCAAAGAUCCCCACUUCUUGUUCGUUUGGGUUCUUCUCAUCCUUUUUUAUUAUUAUUAUUUUUGUUGUUGUUGUUGUUGACAAGAGCCUAGGUUUUCUUUGACUAGUAAGAGUGGUUGAUGUUCAGGGUACUAUGUGAAAAGCACAGCGCUGGUAGGCAGGCUUAUUCCAAUUUGGUUUGGGUAUUUUUAGUUGGAUAAUAUAAAUUAUUUAAUCUUCCUUAACGUAUUACAGGAAAAUUGGUGUCUUCCAGAUAGCUGUCGUGAUAGAUGAUAAUGCAUUAUCUGCAGUGAAAUGCUGAACUCAUCCCUUCUUUUGUAGGAGUAAGAGAAUAUAAUUAGCGACGUAACACGCUUGUUUUAGGAAGUAGGAGGACUGUUCACCAUUGGGUCUGCUUUUCAAAACUGGGCAGAGGCAUUUGGUGCAAGGGGAAUGGAGUGGCAGCGAUGCCUUUGGGAAGGUGAGAUGCUCUGUGCUGGCCGUGUCCCAGCAUGGGCAGCUCUUUCCUGGCCACUGCUCGUGGGCAGAGGUGUGCAGGGAUGCUGUGGAUGGGAGAAGAGAGAUUUCCAGGCUGGAGAGGCUCUACAGAGCCUGGGGAUUUGGGAAAGGAGGUUGGAUGGAGAGGAGCCUUCGUGGAGGUUGAGGUGCUCCCAUUCUUUGGGCUCUUUGGAUUGGGGCCAACAAAGGUUGAGCCGAGCCCGAGUCCUGGCAUUGUGGAGACAGCUGGUUGGGCUGGGAGAUAGUAGGGGUAAGGAGCAGCAAUAGCAAUAAAGUAAUCUUCUGCAUCUGGAGGCAGCAUGAAGCUGUUCCUGGGUCCUCUGGGUGUCCCAGUCAAACGGACAGCACUUGCAGGCAGCUGGAGCUAUUUUUCAAUUCUUACCCCCAAAACACAGCAUAGAAAUGAAAGUUUUUCUUCUUUUUUUUUCUAAGAGAAAAAUGUAAUCAUCGUCGUUUUGCUUUUUGAUGGUUUUCCCUCCACAUGCCAAAGUAGCUCCAUCCAUCCAUCCAUCCAUCCAUCCAUCCAUCCAUCCAUCCAUCCUUGCAAGUGGUCCCAAGGAGCCAUCCAGAGCCUUGCAAGGAAUUGGAUCCUUCUCGAUGGGAAUCAGUCCAUAAGGAGAGAAACCUUUGUAGGGACCCCAAAGGACUGGGGGCCGCUGGUUGUCGGGUCAGUGGGGGCCAGUUGGUUGCUUCUUCUGCUCUUAAUGGAAACCCAGGCAAGCUCCAAUUGCCCUCGGUCAGAGGACAGAAAGGACACCAAGUGGUGAAGCCUCAACACCAGCACUGUGGGUGGAGGAGGUCAUGAGGGUUUCCACCACAUAGUUCAUUGUGUUGCACUUUCAUUUUGUAUAAAACGGAGAAAAAAGAAAAAAAAAAAAAAAAAGUUUAAAAAAAAAAAGAGGUAAUUAAUCACAGUGUUGCCCCUGUUUAGCUUUGGAAAGCCUCCUUGCCUAUAGGGUCAGCACUUAAAGGGAAGGGGGACGUUUGGAAGUAGGGAAACCACAUUGUCCUCUGUAAUGUGUUGCAAUUAAACAUGGGCUAAAAAAAAACAAAAACAAACACACAAAAAAAAAAACACAAAAAAACCCAACCCACCAUUAUAAUAAAUCACAGGAACCGAAGAGCUCUCAAAUACUUUUUUAAAAAAUUUUUUUGGCUCUCACAAUGUUGUUGACUUAGUGUUGGAAUGCUCAAUGUAUCAGGAGCUGUCUGUUGGUGCUGGAACGCGUUGUUGUGACAGAAGAAAGUCGUUAGCAAAUUAACAGCACUGCAGUGAGUCCCAACACUGCCUAGGGUUGCUCACCCAUCGCUGCGCUGGGAGGAGCUGUCUGAAUUAUCAGCCUUGGCCAGGAAGAUGUGGGGUGUGCUGCUGAAAGGAGAGAAAAUGCUGAAUUUGAGGGGUGAAGUGCCAUUCAUGGCACAGAGGAACCCCCAGAUGGACACAGCCUCCUCCUCAAUAUGUUUUUUUAAAGGCAUUUUUUAAGUUCCCCCUAAUCAAAGCUCUGAAUUUCAGGCUUGGUCUAAAAAUGACAGAUUUUUCAUCAAAACAGGCUGAGGCUAUAAAGUAAAAGGGAAAAGGGGAAACAUCUCCAUCUGUUACCACAAACGAGACCUGAUGAGGGUCAGGUGGCUUUAUUUUAAUUCCUCUGCUUGGAUCAGUGGCAGAUGUCAUGAAUCUUCCCCACUGUGCUUGGGUAGAAAUACCCAGUGGUGCCGUCAUGGGGUGAAAAGGUGAACCUUGUUGUGGUGAGCCCAUCUUGGGACUUGGGCUGUCCUUGGGGGGCUUGGGAAGCCCUCUGGGGAGAUAUUCGAUUCCCUUUCAGGGUGGUUUCCCCAGUGGAAUUUGUUUGGGAAGAAGCAGGUUGGGAAGUCAACCCAUGAGCAGGUUGGGAAGUCAACCCAUGAGCAGGUUGGGAAGUCAACCCAUGAUGGGGUAGAGCGUGGUGCGAGUGUAGGACCGAGGGGUGAGUAGGAAAUGGUUGUGCUUUGAGCAGCCUCCAUCCAGUUCCCAUCAUGGGAUAGAGUUCUCCAACCCAACUCAUCUCGUUCCAUGAUAGCAAGGUGUAGUUUGGGAUGUCCAUCUGAGGUGUUGAAGGAUUUCCAUUGCUAACCUUGACCUCUGGCACCUUUAGGACAAUCUGGGAGGGACAGAGUUGUGGGAUUGUAGGGUGGGUUGAAGCUCGGGUCAGUUCUUUGGGUAAGAAUUUGCUCCUGAAGGUGCUGCCUCUUUCUCUGUUGACAUUCCUCAUGGUGAGAUAAAGGAACCCAGCUGGACUCUGUCACUCUGCUGUCCCCACUGCUGGGGUGACAAAGCUCCCUGGGGUUGACACCGUUGGGGACACCCAA